AUGUUCGGGAAGCUGGCGACGCUUCUGAUGAUGGCUUGGGAGGAGAAUCCGAGCCUGCGGUACUUUGUCUCCUUCUUCACGCUCACCUCGAACGUCGUGGCAGUGAACGUGUUCCUGAACGGCGCGCAUCCACAGGCCUCGUGUCUUGUUGUACUGGGCGCCCUCGCCGCGAAGGCGCUCGCGCGCGCUCUGCAGAGUGUUUUUCUCCCCUCGCUCGAGGUCUGCGCCUUUGGCCGCGCAGCGACCGGGGCGGGCGGCAGUGCCCAGACUCUCAGCGUCGGCCUGCCCGAGACUCCAUUCUCCCUCCUCCUGAGCAGUCCGCGAGCCGCGCUCUCGCUCGCCCUCGAGCUCGUCACCUGA